UAAAAAGACGCCAAGACGCAGUUCUAGAGUACACAUCCUUUAAGAGUACCCCUCUGUCACUAUCGAUGUUUUCGCCCACAAACAAUCGGUGGUGCCAACAGCUGAGAUCGCCUUUGAAUUCAGUAAAAAGUCAAUUCUAUUUAAUUUAAAGAGAAAUCCUGGAAAGGGCAAUCUGUGGGAAAGAAACAGCCUUAACUACGAAAAUAACAGAUUACGGCACAAUAAUAGGCCUGCCGAAACUGGUUUGAGUAACUGCAUUCAAUUCAUCGACGGUUUAGUUGAAAAGCAUUGAUUUAAUGUUGGUAAUGCCCAUAUAAAUAUAUGAAUUUGAAGAAAGCCAUUUGGCUUUCCAGCCAGACGUACUGAUGGGCCAGUCCCAGAAGAUAUUCAGUGAUCAACACAGAAAACGAGUUUCUGAUAAAGUAGAGGCUUUUCAAAACAAACAGAACAGAACGCAAGAAGAGAAAUGAGUGAACACGCGGCAAAAUCUGUUCUCAGGCAAAACAGAAAGAGAAAAGUUGAUGGAGAGAAAGCCUUUGGAACCGAUGAUGCACGCAAUACAGAGGAAGUCAAAGUGAGAACGUCUCGUACAACUGUUCUCGACUUAAACGACGAUUGCUGGAGAGUGAUAAUGGAUUAUCUCAACGUAAGAGACCACCUAAGGCUCACUUCCUCGAACGUCUGUUUUGAAGAAAAGUUCAAAAGAUACGCAAGCCAUCGUUACAGACAUAUUGAUGAAUCUCUCACGAAUAAUAUUACCAACGAAAAACUGAAACAAUUAUUGCAGAUCGUUGGCAACCAUGUGGUUAGCUAUGAGACCAAAUUGAAUCCCGAUUCUGAUGGCAAUUCUGCACGAAUCUUCGACAUUUGAAAAUGACUUUUCGACGCACUAGGGGCGCUCAUCUGUACUUUAGAAGUGUGACUAGGUGGUGUAUGCCUUUUGUUCACAAUCUCAAGCAAUUCACGUGUCUAAGGAAACUGAAGUUCGAGGCUUUCUCAUAUAGUGAAAGAGGAUUGGAUGUUCUUGAUCAAUUAGAAUCUCUGGAGGUAGGUGCCUAUCCUGGAUUCGAUGCCAAGAGCUUGGCGGAUUGCUGCCAAACAAUGAAGAAAUUGCGAUACCUUAACUUUGGACAGCUUAUUCCAAAAAUCAGUAAGAACAAUUUUGAAAUUCUGGUGACGAACUGUCAGCAGCUGGAACGUCUGGCCUUUGGCGUAGAGCUCCUUGACUCCACGGUGCCCUAUGAGCUGGUCUGCCAGCUACCCAAGCUUCGGCAUUUACAGGUGUGGCAUGGUGGUUCGUUACGCGAAUCGUUUAUCGAGGGAUUGAUCAACAAACUGGGUUCUCCUUUGGAAAGUCUUAUCCUGAAAGGUCACGUUUUGAAGGAGGCACAGGUUCAGCAUCUUUGCAAUAUAUCUACAGUCAAGGAAUUGGAUAUAUUCUGCGAUACCUUGCCCUUCGCAGACUUAUUGAAGCUGAAGAACCUUAUCUACUUCCAUAUAUCCAGCCCCAUGACAGAGGACCAACUUCUGCACCUCCCGUAUGCGCUUCCUCGAGUAAAAGUUCUCAAUUCGCAAUUUUGCCCAGAGUUAUACGUUCCCUUUUUGACUAGUGUUCGGAACUGGGUGAACGAACAGAGAAAACAGCGCGGAAGGAUCAAAAUCCGUUUCGGAUUUAGAGCUAAACCCGUUAUUUCGUAUGCUAAUCUUUUUGUUAAAAUAAUAGAGGGUCGUUUAGGUCCCAUAUUAAUAAACAAAGAGCUUAAAAUCCAAAUGUUGCCAAAACGCUUACAAAUAAAAAGGGUAUACCACUUACAUAUGUACAUGCAUGUAGAAGACGCAUGUGAAGAUAUUAAUGUUACAUACACUACCCAGAAAAAUGCAACACCAAGAUUAUAA